UCGAAAGGAUCAUCGGGGGUUCGUGGACCCAGCUCUGCUUUAACUGAGUUUUUACGUGUGGAAGGGAUUACGGACGCGUUCAGGGAACGUCAGAAUCGAGAAGCUAAUCAAAGAUCUGGAUCGCCUUCUUCACCCGAAACAGGCAGUCCUCAGGCUCAGGAGAGUGCUCUGAGUGGGACUCAAGAACUAUCGCCAUCUCCAGCUAGGACAAGACGAAGCCAUAGGAUAGGGGUUCAAAAUAGCGGAGUUGAUGAGGAAGAGGAAAUCAGACAGGCUGCAAGAAGAAAAAGACGAGCUGCAAGAACUGGUGGUGCAGGGUCUCCAGGUGAUAGUGGCAGUGAUGAUGAUGACGAUGAUGACUUCAAUGGAAGUAACGACGAUGCCGAUGAUGAUGAUGAACUAAAUAAUGAUAUAAAGCAAUUUGGUGAUGAAGAUGAGUGUGCAGAUUGUGGAGAUCUUUUCAAGUUAACUGUCUAUUCACGUUUCGAUGCAAAUAAAAAUGGCUACCUAUGUGAAGCGUGUAAUGAAAAAUUGAAGAAAAGAGAAAGAAACGCUAGAAGGAGUGAAUUGAAUGCCCGUAAGAAAAGGAAGAAGAUGGCCGAGGCAUUAUUGAACAAAUCUUCGGUGAAGAUUCCUACACUUCAGGAUAUUUGUAUCAAGAAGAUUACUCAGAAUAUCAAUGAUGUCGAAGUACUCGGUGAUAUUGGACAAGUUAACCUUAAUAAAAUUUCCCGUAUCUUAUCAAAGAAUCGUUCUUUGGAUAAUUCCACAAUGACAUUAUUCUUGAAUCCAGCUUUAAAAUCUUUAGAAUUUUGGGAUUGUUCGAAUGUUGAUAGUGAUUCCUUGAAUAAAAUUGCAUCCUAUUGUCCGAAUUUAGAAUCUUUAACUUUAUUUAUGUGCGGUCAACUACAUAAUGAUAACAUUUCAUAUUAUAGUUCUAAUUUACCCCAUUUGACAAGUCUUGCCUUGAAUGGGCCUUUUUUGAUUAGUGACACUAUGUGGCAAGAAUACUUUGAAGGGCAAGGUAAAAUGCUACAAAAAUUUGAAAUAAGAAAUACCCAUAGAUUUGGUAAUGAUUCUCUUAUUAGUUUACUAGAAAAUUGUGGUUCCAAGCUUACUCUGCUUAAAUUAUCACAUUUGGACGGUAUUGACUCUCUGGCGGUAUAUGAUUUGAUUCCUCAUUAUUUAACACCUUCUCAAUUGACUCAUUUAGAAAUCUCUUAUCCUCAUAGAAAGGAUUUAGUGACUGAUGAUCUUCUUAUAAAUCUCCUUUCAAUUACUGGCGAGUCUCUUAUAUCAUUAAAUGUCGAUGGCUGCUCUGACUUAACCGAUUCCUUCUUGAUUGAUGGCUUGGCAAAAUUCUGCCCUAACUUAACUGAUCUCUCGUUAAGAGAUCUUGAUUCAAUCACUGAUCAAGGUUUUUCAUCUGCGUUUGUAGAGUAUCACCAGGUAAAUAGUGGUGGCUUGAUUAACGUCGACCUUACAAAAUGUAUCGAUUUGGGAGAUAAAGGUAUACAUUCACUUUUAAGUCAUUCGGGCAGCACUUUAAUUGAAUUAAGUUUAAACUCUUGCUACAAUAUAACGAAAGAUUUUCUCAUACAGAUAUUUACGGAUGAUCUAGAUCCUGAUAAACAAGCCCUUAAAGGAGCCAUAGAAAAUGGUGAAGAAAAUAAUGAUGAUACUCUGGAGAAGAAAAGAGAAUUUUACUCUUCGAUAAGCUUAUCUUUAUUGACUAAAUGGGAUCUUGGUUUUGUUAGAGCCGUUGAUGAUGACAUAUUGUCUUUGAUAAGUGAUAAUUGCUCAAAAUUAAGCAUUGUAGAAGUUUACGGUGAUAAUAGAUGUGGCCCUAAAGCAAAUACAAGAAAGGAUUUAAUUGUGAUUGGUCGUCAACAUGAUACUAUA